AUGAGGGAUCCGGAUGCGGAGGCGGCGUCGCGCCGGCGGUGGACGCUGGUGCUGGUGAACCUGGCGUCGGUGCUGGAGAAGGCGGACGAGGUGCUGCUGCCCGCCGUGUACAAGGAGGUGGGCGCGGCGCUGGGCGCCUCCCCGACGGCGCUGGGCUCCCUCACCCUCUGCCGCGCGCUCGUGCAGGCCGCCUGCUACCCGCUCGCCGCCUACGCCUCUGCGCGCCACGACCGGGCCCGCGUCGUCGCCGUCGGCGCCUUCCUCUGGGCCGCCGCCACCUUCCUCGUCGCCGUCUCCGGCAGCUUCGUCCAGGUCCAUGACCUGCAACCUGGGCUCCAUCCUGGGGGCUCUUUCGGCGUGCUGCUCGCGCCGAUCACCUUCCUCGGCGUCGCCGGGUGGCGGGUCGCCUUCCACGCGGUGGCCGUCAUCAGCGUCGCGCUGGGCGUGCUCAUGUGGCUAUUCGCCGCGGACCCGGCGAGCCCGGUCGCCAAGCCGUCCAAGACCGCGGCCUCCGCGACGGAGGAAGCCAAGGAGCUGCUCCAGCACGCCCGGCGCGUCCUCGGGGUGACCACGUUCCAGAUCAUCGUCGCGCAGGGGAUCGCCGGCUCCAUCCCGUGGUCCGCGCUCAACUUCUCCGCCAUGUGGCUGGAGCUCGCCGGGUUCACCAACUGGGAGACCAGCGUCAUCACGGGGCUGUACCUGUUCGCCACCGCUCUCGGCGCGCUCUUUGGGGGCCUCAUCGGAGACCCCGUCGCCAGACGGUUCCCCAACACCGGUAGGAUCGCCCUGGCGCAGAUAAGCUCGGCAUCCGCGCUCCCGCCGCCGCCAUCCUGCUGCUGGCGUUGCCCAAUGACCCGUCCACCGGCGUGGCGCACGCCCCCCAUAUUCGCGGAGAUUGUGCCAGAGAAGGCGAGGACGACGGUCUACGCACUGGACAAGUGUUUCGAAGCAGUGUUCGCAUCGUUUGCGUCUCCCAUCGUCGGUGUUCUUGCGGAGCGCGUGUUCGGCUAUAAGCCGGUCUCGUCCGACACGAGCGUGGACACGGACAGGGAGAAUGCCGCCGCGUUGGCAAAGGCUGUUUACACGGAGAUCGCCGUGCCCAUGGCCAUCUGUUGCCUGACCUACACCUUCCUGUACUGCACGUACCCCCGAGACAGGGAGCGCGCUCGAAAGGAGCUUCUGAUGGCAUCGGAUGACCACCUCGGUGGAGAAGCCAGUGACGACAAUGAGUCAAGUGUGGUUCAUACACGGGUAGACGAAGAAUCCUCUGUCAGCUCCUUAAAUCAGAGGCUAAUAUCAUGA